GCUAUCAGAGAUAAAAUUAAAAUUGAAAACUAACAUGAGGCUUCUUCACAUUUUUUUGGCUUUGCUCAUCAUGGCUUCAAUGUCAAAAGCUCAGCCCCCUGUUGGUCCAACAACUUGUCCUGUGCCUAAAGAUAAAUGUGAAGAGGCAUGCAUUCAGAGAUGUUCAGCUAAAGGUCACAAAAAAAGAUGUUUGUUUUACUGCAACCAUUGUUGUAAUUGGUGCCAAUGUGUUCCACCAGGAAUUGCUGGGGAGCCAAGAGAUUGUUGUUCUUGCUACAAUGAUUGGUACAACCGGCAAGGAGAACACAAGUGUCCAUGAAAUUAAAUUAAUCAUGGAAGAAAAUGGUGGAUCAGUUUAGUGUUUAAUUUUCUUUAUUUGAUCCUCUUGAGAAGGAUUUCUCAUGUGUUGCUAAAAUCAAGAAUUAAUAUUUCUUUAUUAUGUUUUCUGUUUGGUUAUCAUGAUCAAAUUAUUAUCCAUAUUACAGAAUCUCAUGAACUAAAAAGAAACUGAGUAUGUUUAUUGAGUA